AUGGCUAAGACGGCCAAAAAGGCUAAGGCCUCAGUCUCUGUAUCUCAAAAUAAUCCCAAGUUUUCACUGUGGAAUUUUUGGGUUAGCGGAACACUGUUGAAACUGCUAUUAAUUCCAGGCUAUUUCAGCACUGAUUUUGACGUUCAUCGCAACUGGCUUGCCAUUACAAACAAGCUUCCGUUGAAAUUAUGGUACGUGGAAGAUACUAGCCAAUGGACGCUGGAUUAUCCUCCCUUUUUUGCGUACUUUGAGUGGUUUUUGUCGCAGGUUGUUCCUAAAGUAGUCCAGAAAGAUGGAUGUUUGGACAUAGUAAAGGUGGGAAGAUUUGGCAUGCCUACUGUCAUCUUCCAAAGAUUAACUGUGAUUGCAAGUGAAACACUUUUGUAUGUGGUUCUUCAGGUAUUCAUCAACAAGAGCGAGAUGACGGAUCGAUCGGCGAAUUUUGUUGUGGCGAGCAGUAUUGUUCUGUCUCCAGGGUUUUUGAUCAUUGACCACAUACACUUUCAGUACAAUGGAUUUCUAUUUGCAAUUCUCAUCGCAUCAAUUGUUGCCGCUAAACAUCAAAAAUACCUUCAGUGCGCUUUGUUCUUUACGAUUGCUCUUUGCUUCAAACACAUUUUCCUAUAUCUAGCACCCAGCUUCUUUGUCUUUCUACUGAGGGUCUACGUGCUGGACUUUUCUAACUUCAAAUUCAGAAGCUAUAACGAUCUAAUAUCGGUAGUCCAAUGGAAGAAUUUACUCAAACUCGGCGGUGUGGUUGUGACGGUAUUCACAGCAUGUUUUGCACCUUUCAUUGCUCAGUGGCCACAACUUUUGAAAAGGCUAUUCCCAUUCUCUAGGGGUCUCACGCAUGCUUAUUGGGCGCCCAAUUUCUGGGCUAUCUAUUCCUUACUGGACAAAGUGCUGACGCUGUGCGUAAUGAAAGUUCCGUACGUUCACCGGUUUUUGUCUCAGUUUAUAGGCCCGCCCCUGAUCCCUGAGACCCUUGCGGAGAUUCAAUCAAGACUGCAGCAAUAUAAUGGAGGUACGAAAGGUCUUGUACAGGACGUGAGUUUUGUGAUAUUACCUCAAGUCCAACCCAAAUUAACUUUUUUCCUUACCUUGUUUUACCAAGUACUUGCUUUAGUGCCCGUUUUAUUCAGCCCUUCAUUUAAAAGGUUCAUCGGAUCUCUUACGUUGUGCGGAUUUGCCUCGUUUUUGUUCGGCUGGCAUGUCCACGAAAAGGCCAUUAUGCUCGUGAUAAUUCCCUUUUCGUUUCUUGUCACGUCAGACAGACGGCUACUGACGCCAUUUCUCCUAGCCGUUUCCGCCGGGUACGUCUCGUUGUUCCCACUGCUGCAUAGCUCUCAAGAGUUUUUGCUAAAAAUUCUCUACACUUUGGUAUGGAGCAUUGUGUACUCUCUAGCCCUUCGUCAAGUCACCAAGAUUUCCUCUAGUGUCCAACGUAGGGUGUUCUUCUUCGACAGAUUCGCAUUAUUUUACAUCAUUAUGCUCUUACCUCUGGUCAUUGGCGUACAAUUACUAGAAGCUUUGAAGUGGAGAUACAGCGUUCUCCAAAAGUUUGAGUUUGCUGGCUUGAUGAUAUACAGCAUUUACUGCUCGAUUGGCAUAUUAAGCUCUUGGGUAGGCUUGUCGUGGCUCUACAAUUUUGAUGAACCUCUGUGGAUGUAA